AUGGCCAAAACAACAGUGGACAACUCUAACACAAAUAAAAUAUUAGAAAACUUAAGCAUAUACUGUCACUGUUUGUCCUUAGCCAAGUACAGUUCAAGAUUGGAGUUUGGUGUGUGUAAACAGCUCUGCGGAGCUGGCUAUGGAGCGGCAUUUUGCGCUCCUUGCGCGGAAAAUUUCAAAAUCUUCCUAAAAGUGCGGUUUUCAAAAUCAAUUUCGAAAGACAGCUGGACGAGAACUUGGAAUGAACUUAUGCCGCUGGGUGUGCAUCAAGAAAGAAUUUCAAAAAUCUUAUUAACAACGCAGGAAUUCAAACUUGCUCUGCUGCACUGACCAGUGAUCGGAAUAAUUAUUAUAUUUGCUUAAAAAUUUAAUAUAAAUUCUUAAGGUAUGGAGGAGAGAUUGUAAAGCAUUGAGCAAAACUAGCGAUGUCGGGUUAAUGUGCAAUUAUGGUUUAUCGUCAUUUACUUUGUUAAGUCGGAUGGAGUUAAGCCUAAAUUAAGGAACACGAAAUCUCAAGAAAUCUCUUCAACCUUUGGCAACACAUCCAGUUUUUUCAAAGACUAAGCGAUAAAUAUCAAUAAAAUUUUAUUCAAAACUUUUUCCUCUUUUUUGUCAAUAUAUGUUUGAAUCUCCAGCGAAUUUUCAACUAUUUUUCAAAAUAAAUCAGAAAUCCAUUCAUUUUCGAAAAAAACAAAAAAAAUAAAUAAAUAAAUA